UUCCUUCAUCUACUUUCUUGGUAACCUCCUCAAAAAACUCUACAAUAUUCGUUAAACAUGAUCUACCAUGCACAAAGCCAUGCUGACUAUGCUUAAUCAGCCCUUGGCUGUCCAAAUACUUGUAUAUCCGAUCUCUCAGAACACCUUCCAAUAAUUUACCUACUACUGAUGUCAGGCUCACUGGCCUGUAAUUACCUGGUUUACUUUUAGAGCAUUUGUUAAACAACGGAACAACAUGAGCUACCCCCCUCCAGUCCUCCGGCACCACACCCGUGGCUAAGGGCAUUUUAAAUAUAUCUGCCAGGGCCCCUGCAAUUUCUACACUAGUCUACAAACCAGUUUUACAGGUGUAGACGCCGCAGGUGGUGUGAGAGGAAACAGAAGCAGGGUAGGCGGAGUGGAAUCUAAAUGGCUAAAGGCUCGCCAUGUCAGACCAUUGAUGUUGCUCACCGAUGUUCGCUCCCUGGAUAAUAAGUUGGACUGCAAUCGACUACGAAGGGCAGUCCACCGGGAGAUGAAAAACUGCAGCGCUUUUAUCUUUACGGAAACGUGGCUCAACAACAUCCCCGAUGCUGCUAUCCAGCUGGAUGGGCUGACCUUCCGAGUGGACAGGAUAGCAUCAGUGCCCGUUCCACUGUCGAAUUCUGGAAUACCACCAAGCCCUCUGCAAGUAAAGAAAAUGGAAGGCUGUAUUAAUGAGACUGACUUUGUCAUUUUGGAGGAGGGUUUCGUUGCCAUGGAUGUCAUUGACCAGAAGAUCAAUGAGAAAAAGCUCACAGGUAACACAGAUGCCUUCUACGUUGCCGACCUGGGUGAACUUGUAAACAAACACCUGCAGUGGCAGACUACGCUGCCUCGAGUGAAGCCUUUCUAUGCUGUGAAAUGCAAUGACAGAAAAUUGGUGGUUUGGAUCCUUGCUCAGUUAGACACCGGCUUUGACUGUGCCAGUAAGAACGAGAUUGCAUUGAUACAAGAUAUUGGGGUCCCCCCAGAGAGGAUCAUUUAUGCAAACCCCUGCAAGGAGAGCUCGCACAUUAAAUUUGCUGCCACCCACGGGAUUCAGAUGAUGACAUUCGAUAACGAGGAUGAAAUCUCCAAAGUUGCACGGAUCCAUCCCACUGCUAAGAUGGUUCUUCGCAUUGCCACAAAUGACGCUGGGUCCACCUGUCCCUUGAGUGCAAAGUUUGGAGCAAGUUUAGAAGAGUGCAGACGGCUGAUGGAGUGCGCAAAAGCUUUGAGUGUAGACAUCAUUGGCGUAAGCUUUCAUGUUGGAAGUGGCUGUGCUAAUGCACAGGCAUUUGCUCAGGCCAUAGCAGAUUCACGCCUUGUCUUUGACGUUGGGAUGAGUCUUGGAUUUCACAUGAACCUACUUGAUAUUGGUGGUGGUUUUCCUGGCUUUGACGAUGACAAUAUUACAUUUGAGGAGAUUGCAGCAGUGAUCAAUCCUGCAUUGCACCUUCACUUUCCUGAAGCAAGUGGAGUGAAUAUAAUUGCUGAACCUGGCCGUUAUUAUGUGACAUCUUCAUUCACAAUGGCUGUAAAUAUCAUUGGAAGAAAAAUUAUUAAUAUGGAUUCGACUAGCUCCAAUGAUGAUGAGGCUGAGAAAACCAUAAUGUACUAUAUAAACGAUGGUUGGUAUGGGUCUUUAAGACACGAAUCCGCUCCAAUAAAACUAUUAGUAUUUGAGAAACUUGGCCUUGACCAACAACUGUUUAACACAAAAGUUUGGGGACCCACCUGUGAUUCAAUAGAUUGCGUCACUGAUCACUGGAAACUGCCUAAACUGGAAAUUGGAGAUUGGCUGCUCAUUCAAAACAGAGGAGCAUACUCUGUCUCUCUCUCAAGCACGUUCAAUGGCUUUCAAAGAACCACAGUACACUAUGUAAUCACCAAAGAAGCCUGGGAAACUCUUCAGAAGAUAAAGAGUAACUGACCUCCAGCAGAAGAACAGAUCCAAGCAGUGCAGAGCUUUAAUUGCUAAAGACAAGUUGAGUAUCAGUUUUUAUUAAUUGUUGCCAGUAUUUACAAUGCUAAACUAUUCUGAAUUCUCCAUCUUAACUUUAAACUGCUCUCUGCUGUAUUUUUAUUAUGGUAUGGAUUACAAGCCAUUAAUGUUUAGUUCACCAGAACUUGUUCUUGAAAUUUCCUUUAUAAUGACAACAUUUCACUUUCGCUGUUGAUUUAUUGCUUUGGUCAGGGGAAAGAUGUGCAAUUCUAAAAACAUUAUUUUGUCACUUGAAGUGGCCAUUGUUCAAUUUAGUGCAUCGUGCAAGUCAAAUCAGUGUAAUAUGUAAUCAGUAGUAUGUAAUCAAAACUAAAUGGUGUAAGUACAUUCAUUAGAAAGGAUUUAAUCAUUAUUUACUCUAUAACUAAAGCAUUGUGGUAAUCAAUUGUUAUUUAAGAGGUGUUUUAGAAUUCAAAAACAGGUUAAAAUUCUCUAGUCUGACAUUUGUGGUCUGAUAUGUUGUGAAUUUGCAGCUCAGAUCUACACUAAGAUCUAUACUAACCUGUAGCUAAUUAACCUACCAGUAAAACGGUUGUGAUCUCAGCCGACAGUGUUUCCGACUUUGGGAAAUGUCAGGUUAUGGACAGUUGUUGGGACCCUUACGUGACCCUGGAGUGUUUAUGCUUAAAAAAAAAGUUCUCCUGCUCAGAGGAAGAUGAUCAGGGGGCAACUUCUGUGGUUCAGCACCAAUCAGGUCCCAAGGGCAGAUUAGAAGUUCAACCUGUAUUAUCAAUGCAAAAUAAAUAUUUGCUUUUGAAAUUCGAUAGUAAUAAUGCCACUGACAUACAUGCUUCAGUUUUGUUGUUCCCUGCUAUAUGACUGGUUUAAACCAAAAUGUAAUGCAUGGGAUCCAGGGAAGCUUGGCUGUGUGGAUUCAGAAUUGACUUGCCUGUAGAAAGCAGAGGGUUGUGGUGGAGGGAGUGCAUUCAGAUUGGAGGGCUGUGACUAGUGGUGUCCCACAAGGAUCAGUUCUGGGACCUCUACUUUUCGUGAUUUUUAUUAAUGGCUUGGAUAAGGGGGUAGAAGGGUGGGUUGGCAAGUUUGCAGAUGACAUAAAAGUUGGUGGUGUUGUGGAUAGUGUGGAGGACUGUCGAAGAUUGCAGAGGGACAUUCAUAGGAUGCAGAAAUGGGCAGAGAAGUGGCAGAUGGAGUUCAAUCCAGAGAAGUGUGAGGUGGUACACUUUGGAAGGACACACUCCAAGGUGGAGUACAAAGUUAAUGGCAGGAUUCUGGGUAGUGUGGGGAUCUGGGGGUUCAUAUCCACAGAUCCCUGAAAGUUACCUCACAGCUGGAUAGGGUAGUUAAGAAAGCUUAUGGGAUGUUAGCAUUCAUAAGUCGUGGGAUCGAGUUUAAGAGCCGCAAGGUAAUGAUGCAGCUCUACAAAACUCUGGUUAGACCACACUUAGAGUACUAUGUCCGGUUCUGGUCACCUCAUUAUAGGAAGGAUGUGGAAGCGUUGGAAAGGGUGCAGAGGAGAUUUACCAGGAUGCUGCCCGGUUUAGAGAGUAUGCAUUAAGAGGAGAGACUAAGGGAGCUAGGGCUUUACUCUUUGGAGAGAAGGAGGAUGAGCGGAGACAUGAUAGAGGUGUACAAAAUAUUAAGAGGAAUAGAGAGACAGCCAGCGCCUCUUUCCCGGGGCACCCUCUCAAUACAAGAGGGCAUGGCUUUAAAGUAAUUGGUGGGAAGUUCAAGGGAGAUAUCAGAGGAAGGUUUUUUUACCCAGAGAGUGGUUGGGGCAUGGAAUGUGCUGCCUGGGGUGGUGGUGGAGGCAGGUACAUUGGCCAAAUUCAAGAGAUUGCUAGAUAAGCAUAUGGAGGAAUUUAAAAUAGAGGGAUAUGUGGGAGGAAGAGGUUGGAUAGUCUUAGGCGAGGUUUAAAGGUCGGCACAACAUUGUGGGCUGAAGGGCCUGUAUUGUGCUGUAUUGUUCUAUGAUUCUAAAUAAACUGGUUGGCGAAAAUAACAACAUUUAUUAUUUCAUAUAUCCAAUGCUGAGCAUCAGUUUCUUAGGAGCCUGUUCAGAUGUAAAAUUAAAUCCCAACCCAAUCACAGUCGAUCCAAACAUAACCUGAGCCCAAGGUCUGAUAAUACUUUUGAUAUCUGACUUGAUCCAAAUCCAACAUAUAGUCAGAUCCUGUUGGGCUCGCGUAGGAUGACCAGGCUUACUGCCUCUUCCUGCCUGAAAAUACUGUAUUAGCAGGGUUAUCUAGAAUAUAGACUGGACUCCUGAUUGGGUGCUAAAGUAGAUUCCGCACAGCAAAAACAUCCCCUGCAACUUUGUUGAACUGGUCAAGAUUGACAAAGGUCCAUC